CAAACUUUUUCAUAUCAGGACAAAAAACAAACAUGAUUUUUCUCCGCUAAACGAAAUUCAUAUCCAUUUUCUCGAGCCAGAGCCGCCUCUCUCUUUUCGCAACCUCUCGAUUGUGAAGAAGCUACAAUGGCUACUACUGCGCCCCUGGUGUUUGCGUACUACGUCACUGGCCACGGAUUCGGCCACGCCACCCGCGUCGUCGAGGUGACGCGCCAUUUGAUCGACGCCGGCCAUGUGGUCCACGUCGUCACCGCCGCGCCGGACUUCGUCUUCACUACCGAAAUUCAGUCGCCCAACCUCUUCCUGCGCAGGGUAUUGUUGGACUGUGGAGCUGUUCAAUCAGAUGCGCUCACGGUUGAUCGUCUUGCCUCUUUAGAGAAGUACUCCCAGACAGCUGUGAUUCCCAGGGAGUCUAUUUUAGCAUCAGAAGUUGAGUGGCUCAAGUCCAUUAAAGCUGACUUAGUGGUUUCAGAUGUCGUGCCUAUUGCAUGCCGCGCAGCUGCAGAUGCAGGAAUUCGUUCCGUCUGUAUCACCAACUUCAGCUGGGACUUCAUUUAUGCUGACUAUGUGAUGGCCGCCGGGCAUCACCACCGGUCAAUUAUUCUGCAGAUUGCUGAAGAUUAUUCUCAUUGCGAAUUCUUAAUUCGCCUGCCAGGAUUUUGUCCUAUGCCAGCUUUCCGUGAUGUGGUUGAUAUUCCCCUUGUGGUGAGGCGGUUGCACAAGAGCAGAGAAGAGGUGAGAAAGGAGCUUGGAGUUGGAGAUGAUGUGAAGCUGUUGAUUUUCAACUUCGGAGGGCAGCCAGCUGGUUGGAAGCUAAAGGAGGAGUAUUUGCCAACUGGUUGGAGGUGUUUGGUGUGUGGUGCAUCAGACGAUCAAGAACUUCCCCCCAAUUUUAUCAAGCUUCCAAAAGAUGCAUAUACACCUGAUGUAAUAGCAGCUUCAGAUUGCAUGCUUGGAAAAAUUGGAUAUGGUACAUCUAGUGAGGCCAUGGCUUACAAGUUGCCAUUUAUCUUUGUACGGAGAGAUUACUUCAAUGAAGAACCUUUUUUGAGAAACAUUAUUGAGCAUUACAAAGGUGGUGUGGAGAUGAUUAGACGUGAUCUGCUGAGUGGAUGCUGGCAACCCUACAUUGAUCAUGCCGUUAGCUUGAAACCAUGCUACAAUGGGGACAUUAAUGGUGGCGAGGUAGCUGCAAGCAUACUGCAGGACACAGCUCAUGGAAACGUCCAUACUAAAUAUAAGCCUUGUGGAGCAAGACGACUACGAGAUGCAAUAGUGCUUGGAUAUCAGCUAAGAGGAAUUUCGGAACGGCAAGCCAAUGUUCCAGAUUGGUAUGUCCAUGCACCAUUGCCAUCGCAGGAACACGACCAGUCCAAAGAAGAAAUGCAUAUACCAGAUUUUGAAGUUCUCCAUGGGGACCUUCAAGGUCUUUCAGAUACUGCUAGUUUUUUGAAGGCUUUGGGAGAGCUUAGUGCUAUUGACUUUGAAAGGGAUAACAAGGACCAGUUGCGGGAGCGUCUAGCGGCCGCCAGGCUUUUCAAUUGGGAGGAGGAAAUAUUUGUUGCGAGAGCACCUGGCAGAUUGGAUGUGAUGGGAGGAAUUGCAGAUUAUUCAGGAAGUCUUGUUUUGCAGAUGCCUAUAAAAGAAGCAUGCCAUGCUGCUGUCCAGAAAAACCAUCCUAGUAAGCAGAAGUUGUGGAAGCACGCACAAGCUAGACAUCAUAGUGACCGUGACAAACCAACACCUAUUCUAGAAAUUGUGUCAUUUGGAGCAGAUUUGAGUAACCGUGGGCCAACAUUUGACAUGGACAUAUCUGACUUUAUGGAUGGUGAGCAGCCAAUUUCUUACGAGGCUGCACGCAAGUACUUCUCUCGUGAUACUUCCCAAAGGUGGGCAGCGUAUGUUGCUGGGGCAAUUUUGGUACUGAUGACUGAGUUGGGAGUCCGUUUUGAGGACAGCAUAAGCAUUGUGAUAUCUUCUGCUGUUCCUGAGGGAAAAGGUGUUUCUUCUUCAGCAGCAGUCGAGGUUGCAAGCAUGACUGCUAUCAUUGCUGCGCAUGGUUUGAAGAUCGCCCCUCGAGACAUCGCUUUGCUCUGUCAGAAGGUAGAGAAUCACAUCGUUGGAGCCCCAUGCGGAGUGAUGGACCAGAUGGCUUCAGCAUGUGGUGAAAAGAACAAGCUUCUUGCUAUGUUGUGCCAGCCAGCUGAGGUGUUAGGAUUGGUUGAUAUUCCUUCCCAUAUAAAAUUCUGGGGGAUCGACUCGGGUCUUCGACACAGUGUUGGGGGUUCAGACUAUGGUUCGGUGAGGAUUGGUACUUUCAUGGGCAGAAAGAUGAUGAAGUCAAUGGCCUCUAGCAAAGUAGAUGAAUAUAACUCUGAUGAGACGGGAAGGAAUAGCACCGAACUGCUCGAGGCCGAGGCUUCAUUAGCCUACUUAUGCAACCUGCCACCUCACAGGUAUGAAGGUGGAUAUGCAAAUAAGCUUCCAGAACGAAUCACUGGUGAAGAAUUCUUAACCAAAUACGGAAGUCAUGAUGAUCCUGUCACUGUAAUCAACAGAGAUCUGAGUUAUGCUGUUAAAGCGCCUACUGCACAUCCUGUUUACGAAAACUCCCGAGUCAAGGCUUUUAAAUCGUUGUUAACAGCCGCUGCCUCCGAUGAACAACUUUCAGCUCUAGGGGAGCUUAUGUAUCAGUGCCAUUACAGCUAUAGUGCAUGCGGCCUGGGUUCCGUUGGCACCGACAAACUGGUGGAAUUCGUACAGAUGAUGCGACUCGCUGGGACUCUAUACGGAGCCAAAAUCACUGGUGGUGGUAGCGGCGGAACAGUUUGCGUUAUGGGGGAGAAGAGCGUGAGAAGCAGUGAACAAAUUCGCGAGAUUCAACAGAGAUACAAGAACGCCACAGGGUUCAUGCCGUAUGUUUUUGAAGGAUCGUCGCCCGGUGCUGGCAAGUUCGGUUAUCUGAAAAUUCGCCGACGCAGCAGCCCCAAGUCAGACUUUGCUGCUGCUUCAUCACUAACCGCAUCUGCAGAGCAUUGAAUGGGGGACCAUGUUUGAACUCCAAAAGGUCCAUUAGAAAAGGGAAGGAAAGGUAAUCGAUAGCCUAAUCGAAUACUCAUACCGUCAUUACACUGAUCAAUAAGAUUACGAACACUCCUACCAAUCUGCUGAAAGCAGCCAUUCUGUUCAUUGAAACGGUUGGUCUUAAAAUUAACUGUUAAUCCAGUUCCACUCCAUUUUUACUCCUGUAAAUGUACUUAUACUGAAUCAAGAAGACAUCAAAGAAAUCGUGGAUGGAACAUAAGUCACGACUUGAAAACUGUACCACUUAGCUUCGAUCGCAAGGCGGUAUCUGUCUUCAGCAACACGAGGAUCGACGACGCGCAGUUUCUCGUCGCCGCCUACCACGAAACACCUCCCCUGUUUCCAAAGCGCAGGGACGCCGUAGAACAGCUUCGAGGAAUACUCGGGGAGACCGGACACUGCAAACAGCUUGAUCCACGAGCAUCGAGACCCGAGCUCGUCGUAGUCCAAUGCCGCCCAUAUCUGGUACGAGCAGUCCCGAUGUAGGGUUGGCGGUGACGGGUAUGCCCAAGGAUGUUGCUUGGUAGAAGAAGCGGAGGCAGAAUCUUGGUCUCCGAAGUUGUGGGAUUCCACAGCAUGAUUCUCCUCCGAUCAUGAAUGUGUUUGUUACUGUAAAUGCAGAAGAUUCCGUGGCAGCAACCGGCGAUUGUGGGAGAGAUGAGUACGUCUGGGAAUUGGGCGGCGGGGAUGGUGGGUUGGAGGGUGUGGUAGGAGAGCUGGGAGUAUAUAGUGGGAGCAGAGGCUCUGCCGCCGCUGCCGCGGCCGCGGACGAAUUCUGGGUGAUGUUCCUGAGAGCUGCGGGUGAUUAGAAUCUGAGCGGCGGAUUCAAUUUGAUUGUCGAAGAAGAGGAUGUCACGGAUAAUAUUGGGAUCGGAGAGAAGACGGUGCCAUGAUUUGCUGACGCAGCGGGAUCGUCCGACGCUUCUCCUACUCCGCAGCCUCUUGAGGAUUUCGAUUGCUAAUUCCUCAGGCAAGCGGCCGUCGCCGUCGCCGUCGCCGCUGC